AUGCCAUGUUACUAUAGUCAUCAUCCUGGCUUCUCCAUCCUCGCAUCACAUGUACCAGUGCCUCCUGCGCCUACCGAGAGAGUAGAACGCCUGCACCCUCACCCUUCUCCCUCUGGUUUGUUUGAUAGCAGCAGUAGGAGGCACGUAAUGGACUCGUUCCACGGCACGGAUGCGGCAAGCGGUGCCGUGUCCGGCUUGGACGGGCUAGAUGAUUGGACCAGCAGCUGGCUCAACGAGGGCUUUGGAUCAUUCGCAGGGGACGGCGCUGGGUUAGGCAACGAUGGGACCCCGAACAACCAUCUUGCCGCAGGUGGCCAAGAUGCUGCACCAUCCACCAAGAUGAACGGCACAUACACCAAACCCUCAAUGCAUAGUAGCACAACAGACACCUUUGUCCACAAAGCGUCUGCUCAAGCAUCUGGAGUCGCCAGCAACAACGGACACUCGUCAUCCUCGUUGUCUUCUUUACCGGACGCAUCCAGUUCCCCCCCGCUCGUUGCUGCAUCCAAACCAAGCAGCGACAGCGAUCGAGGUGGCGAAAGCUUGUCAUCCGACAUGUCGAGCACGAUGCAGGCUGCAGCGGCCGCAUCGACGUACCCGCUUGUCCAGCCGUAUCCGGCAGUCACGAAUGCUUCGGCAACCGCCAAGGCCGUCGACGGAGCCGUCAAUGGCCUCGCUGGUGCCGCUAGCAGCACCAACGGCAGCGGUCUGGAUACUGAUUCCAAGGCGGCUCCAGAUACCGAGGCGAACGGAGCGGCGUCCGAGACAUCCUCCGACGCGGCUUCCGCGGGGACAAAGAGAUCGCGGAUAGAAAAUAAAGCCGAGGCGGCAGCGGCUGAUGCCGACAUCAGUGACAGUCCGGAGAUUGUUGGCGUCCGAGAUCCCACUGCCGCUGUGGGAGAGGCGGGUGGCGCAAAUGCCACUGCAGCCGGCCAUGGAGCAAGUGAGAAUGCUGAGCCCACCGUACCUGCGUCCGCUGCCAGCGGAGGGGGGGGCGAGCGAGGCGCCAAACGGCAACGAUCCAACACCAACAUAUCUACUUCUUCCACAUCCAACACCAGCGCUACCGGCCACUCUGCAGCAGCCGUGGCGUCCCUGGGGCGCAAAGGGAAAGAGGAGCAUACUGGCAGGACGUCGCCGCCUUCUCCCCAGAGCGCAGCAUCGGCUGCGGUGGCGACAGCCGCUGACCAGGAGCAGCAGCAAGAGGUAGCAGAGCGGCCAGGUCCGCCGCAGCAAGCUCAAGGCUCGCAGCUGAUAUCGCCAGAGGGUAGCAACGCGUGGGGCGAAGAAGCAACCAAGAUGGAUAUUUACGUCUGGGACUAUCUCUCGCGGAGAGGCUUGAAGAAGGCAGCGAAAGCGCUCGUAGAUGAGGCAGGACUUCCGGAAACGCCGGAAGUGCCAUUGCAGACGCCACAGGGGCUACUCUUCGAAUACUGGUCGAUCUUCUGGGACGUCUUCGCUUCACGCUCGGGGCGAGGCAGCACGAAUGCGCUGACGUACCAGCGUUACAUGGAGGCCAAGACGAUGCAGCGAUACAACGAGGCUAUGCGUCGGCAUGAGAAGGAGACCGCCGCAGGGCACGCGGAACACGGCAUCGUCGCGGUGCGGAGCGCGAACGAUAGCCAGCGGUUCCCAAAUGUCGUCAUGGGCGGCAGUGCUGGUAAUGCUUCGUCGCCCUGGCUCGUUGCGAAUGGGCAUGCUGGCCAUUUGAGGAGCAGCGAGCCGCAAGGUGGCCAAGCCGGUGCAUCGCUAUCGCAACAGCAGCUGCCAAAUCAGGCUCAGAUGGUUGGCAGGCUCAGCAUGCAGAAUGCGGCGAGCGUUACACAGGGGAUCGGCUCCGCGAGUGGUGCUGCUGCUGCGGCCGCCGCCGCUGCCGCCGCUGCUGCUGCGCGAGCGUCCGAGCCUGGCGCCAUUGGCGGGACGCCUGCGUGGCUCGCGCAGAUGGCGCCGCAGCUGCAGCAGCACUUGCUUCUCGUCGCUGCGAGCCGCUCGAACCUCCCGCAGAGCGAGCUCAAGAACCUUUCGCCCGCCGCGCGCGUCUCGCUGAUCAGCUCACUAGGGCCGGACAUCAUUCAUGCCACGCAGCAGCGCUUCCAGGCGCAGAGCCGGUCCGUCGCCGACGCUGCCCGUGUGCCUGGUGCGUCGCCUUCCUCCGGAGGGUUGACGCUAGAACAGCAGCAACAACAGCAACAGCAGCAGCAACAGCAACAGCAACAGCAGCAACAGCAACAGCAGCAAGCGCGCAUGCAGCAACAGCAGUUGCUGAUGCAGCGCCAGCUGCAAAUGCAAAAGCUGAUGCAACAGCAACAGCAACAGCAACAGCAGCAGCAGCAGGCACAAGCACAA